GAAGAAGAAGACUUCCCGGCAUGCAGCUCGGCGCGCGAAGUUCUAACAGUUCUGUAGGUUUUCAUCUGAUAUUCAUCGUCACUGUUAGAGUGAAAUAUAAGUUUUAAAUGGUUAAAUUAAGAAGUGAGUGUGACAGUUAAACAUUUAAAGCUCCUCUGCUCCGUGACUGUAGGAUGAGCAGCCCUUCACUGAGCAGCGACAUCCCCCGACCUGCUGACCUGUUUGAGGAGUUAUGGAGUCAGCUGAGAGAGACUCAUCACAAAGCUCUGCAGGAACUGGAGGUGAAAGUGAGCAGGUUGAAGACGGAGCGCUGCUUAGACGCUCAGAAGCUUGAGGUGUUCUACAAACGAAACCAGCAGCUGAAGGAGCAGAACAAAACGCUGCAGGACGCCCUGGGCCUGUUGGAGGACAGGCUGCGUUCAGGAGAGUGUGAGCGAUGUGCUGCCUUCAAGGACAAUCUGAAAAAUAUCCAGGAGGAGAAUUUGUGGCUCGUUGAAACACAGCAGAAUGAAAGAAUCCGUCUGGAGGACAAAAACAGGAAACUUGAAGCUGAAGUGGAGAAGUUGAAGUCGACUCACUCUGAGCAGCAGCAGGCCUCGUCCCCCGAUCAAGAAGAAGGAAUCAUCCCAGACUCUCCCGUCCUGCCGAGCUCGCUGCCCGCCGCCAACAAACUGAGGAAACGCAGAAAUGUGGACAAACUCAAACACGUCCGUUAUGCAGAGAUGCCUCUGCCUCAGACUAACAGCUCGAUAUUUAACGAACGAAACAAAGAUCCCGGAGGAGCCGAAGUUCUCGUUCCAAACACGUGUGAACUGGACUCAUCGCAGACCUCAAAUGAUGUGAAUGAAGAUGUGGAGGUCGCAGAAACGUGCGCCCUGGAGCUGGUAGAGAAGCCUCUCGUGAAAACUGAAACAACUCGCGGCCAGCAGAGCAGCUGGAAACCAUCGUGGAAGUUUGACGUCCAUUUGAAUCCAGACUCGACCACGGACAGAUCCCCGUCACUGCUCCCACGGCUCAAACGCUUUUCAGAGGACGAUUCUGAUCACAAGGCGAAGAGGAAGAAGGAGGGAAGUGAGCAUGAGGAAAAACGAGGAAAACAACCACAACCUGAGCCAAUCAAACGCAGCGAGUCACCUCUAAGUCAUCCGAGCAUCAAAAAGGAGCCAGAGGACGGCAGUCAGCUUCCAAACGGGACCUCAGGCCAAAGGUCAAACGUUUCCUGUGUCAGUCCUGCUUUUAAGAAGCCACUCGCUCGAGGAGACACCAUCAAGGACGUCGUUGCUGAUAGGAAACUCAAAGUGGAGCCGAUGUGGAGCAUGGACCCGGCGCUCGCUCUGUCCAUGUACGACAGCGAGGGGAGAGGAGACGAGGUGAAGUCACGACUAACCACAGUCGCUGAUUAAAAAAGACGUUCAGAGUAUCUGAUUGUUGAGAUAAAGUCUGAGCGACAGGAAGGUGAACGACCCCUGAUGUCUGUUGAUCUUUCAGAAUGAGGAGGGGGAGGAGGAGGAGGGUCCUGCAGAGCUGGCGGACACAGACGUCACCUGGAUCAGCCACAGCGUGCUGCAGAGUCGAGACGGAGCAGACAGUGUGUCCGGACUUGGGGAGAAGGCCAACGACAGUCUGGACAUGAUGUUUGACACGACAGCUUACGGAGAGUACCGAUCCUUCAACAACUUCCGCUCAGGUCCGAGCCAGCCGCGUGAGGACGGUGGGGAGGACGGGGACGAAGCAGGAGGAGACGAGGAGGAGGAGGAGGA